GACGAGGUGAACGCGAGAGAAACACAGGGCUAGCAACGAAUUCAUUGAUUCCAAUUGGUGCUGGGUGUCUUCCUAUUCACAAGUCACUACCGCCCAGGCAAGGAUUUUAUAUGCUAUGCGAGUACGUUCCGCUUACAGCAUCAGUAUUCGCGAAACCCUACAAGCUUGACAAACUAUGGCAUCCAAGAUAAUCGUGAUUGGAAACGUCAACUGCCAGUUGCAGGAUGUAUUCACCAAACUCGCAAAGCUCCAAGCCAAGCAGAACUUCUCCUUGGCUAUUGUGGCCGGCGACCUCUUCGGCGAAUGCGCCACAGACGAUGAACUCCAAGAGAUGACCGCCCUACUACAGGGGAACAUUCUGGUCCCCCUGCCAACUUAUUUCACUCUAGGGAGCCGGCCACUCCCCGCCAGAGUCGUCGAGAAAAUCCAAGCCGAUGACGAGGUCUGCCCUAAUCUGUUCUUCCUGGGCAAGCGCGGCACAUUGAAGACCUCUGAGGGCAUUCGCAUUGUCGCAUUGGGUGGAAACCUCGAGGAAGGAAACAAGUCAACUGAUAAAUUCCACCCCGGGUACACCGAAUCGGACGCCCGAACACUCUACGGCGCCCACAGCGCCGACAUCCUCCUCACACAUCAAUGGCCCAAGGGCAUCCGAUCCGGCUCCAAAGUGCCACUCCCAGACGACAUAACAACCCCCCAGGAAACCCAAUGCAUCGCAGAUCUCUGCGCCACCCUAAAACCGCGCUAUCACCUCUCCUGCACAGAAACCUUCUUCUACGAGCGCGAACCGUUCUUCCACCUCCCUUCAGAAGACUCGGACAACCCAGACGCAAAACCCCUCACGCGCUUCAUCAGCCUCGCCUCCUACAGCAAAACCGCCAAACAAAAAUGGAUGUACGCAUUCACCUUCGAUCCCCAGUCCCCGCACCCACUAGGCAUCCCCGCCGGCGCAACUAUCUCCCCCUUCUCCAGCACGGCCUCCAAACGCAAACCCCUCGCCAGCCAAUCGCAAUCCUACCAGCGCUUCGCCGUCGACGACAACACCCAGCGACCUCGCAAGCGCGCAGCCCGCGCCCCUCCCCCCGGCCCUGAACAAUGUUUCUUCUGCCUCUCCAACCCCAACAUCGCCACACACCUCAUCACCUCCAUCGGCAACGAAAGCUACCUCACAACAGCCAAGGGGCCCCUCCCCACCGCCAGCACUUUCUCCCCGGCCGUAAACUUCCCAGGCCACAUGCUCAUUAUCCCCUUCAACCACGCCCCGGCCCUCAACACGAUCACGGACCCCGACGCCCGGAUCUCCACCUUCACCGAAAUGACCAAGUACCGCACCGCCCUGCAAACCAUGCUCCAGACACGCUCAAACCACACCCUCGGAGCCGUCACCUGGGAAGUCUCCCGCGGAAACGGCAUCCACGCCCACUGGCAGUUCCUCCCAGUGCCCGCAGACCUCGUGAACCGUGGCCUCGUCGACGCCGCCUUCAAAGUGGAAGCCGAAAAUCUAAAGUACCCCAAGUUCGAAACUCUCUCCACCAGCGCCUCCUCCUCGAAAAACACCGACCACGACCACGACCCCAGCGCCGAACCAGGCGACUUCUUCCGCAUCUGGAUCUGGAGCCCCAGCCCGAGCCCGGUUCCAGUCUCUUCUCCUCCUCCUCCUCCUCCUCCUCCUCCUCCACCAUCACCACCCCCGGGACAAGAAAAACGCAACAGCAAGGGCAGCGAAAAAACGCUUCUCCUCCCUCUUGGACCGGACUUCCGCUUCGAUCUACAGUUCGGCCGCCGAGUGGUGGCUAAGCUGAUGGAGCUGGAGAGGCGGAUUCACUGGAAGGAUGCGGUGCAGUCGUUGGAAGAGGAAGAGGCCGAUGCGGGGGCGUUCAAGGAGGCGUUCAAGGGGUUUGAUUUUACAUUGGAGGAGGAUGGGGAGGACGCGAAGUGACUUUCUUACUUUACUUACUUUACUUAAAACUGAUUCAAAGUAUGUUACUCUUUUAUUGUAUGUAUUUAUUGUAUAAAUGAAUGGAUGGAUGGGUAGAUGGAUGGAUGGAUGGCUACACUACUAGUAGUAGUAGAGAGGAUAGGUAUCUGGGUAAUGGUUAGGAUUUGGAUUGAGUAUACAUAGAUCCUCAUCGCUCAUAGGUUGGUUCUGUAGAAUAUAUAUAUACCUUACUCGGUACCUUCGUAGUUAAUACUUGGUUGUUCUCUUGGUUAUUUGGAGUGGAAUUUACAGGCUGGGGCAUAGAUGAUAGAAAGAUUAGGGAGGCAGGAAAAAUCAAGAUCCAGGAAAUACACUCAAGAGGUUACUGCAGCAUAAGCAGCAGAAUCUAGAUACAGACACAGAUACGGAU